UGAAGUGAAUACACAAAUUAUGUAUUUGUGAACUAUGAUUGCUCAUCCGUACAACUGGUAUACUUGUUCAUUUAUUGGCCUUAAAUAAACCUUAAUUCACAGUAUGGGAAAUAAAUGUAAGGGUCGUUCAGGCCGCAAUCUUCAGGUCUCCCGCAGUAUAGUAGCAGGCAAGCCAGUCUAAUGUGUGCAUUCGUAGUCGUCUCCACAAUAAAUUAUUCUGUUUGGCCAGUUCCGUCAUAACUAAAGGUAAAAGACUACAUUUCAUACAACCUGCCCUAGAAGCUAGGUUUAUUAACAUGACAGGCCUGAGCAAUGACAGACAAUGAUGCGUAUGUAACGUGAUCAGUGCAUGAGAGUAAAUUCAAACUCAAAAGGUUUCUGUAUAUUUGAUGAGUGGGUCUCUGUACUUCUGAUUUCAGUGGACCUCUGCUGCAUUUUACUUCAGUAUUGUGGUAAACCUCUGUACAGUGGAUCGAUUCAUUUAUUAGACCAAAUAUUUGGCUAUUACCAAGGGUUUGGCGGCUAACCAAUUACCGAGGGUUUAAUCAUUGAUUUUCUGUAAAUCCUUAACGCUAUAAAAUCCCCCUGUCUCAGAGGUUGUUGAGAGUAAUUGAAAAAUGAAAGAGAAGUUCAAUUUUUAAUCCAUGACACUUUGUUUGGAAUUCAAUAAAAGAAAAAACAAUGUUCGAGAUCGGUAUUAAUUCAAAUAUUGCAAGUUCAAACUUUUUGAAUUGUUUUUCUUGAUGUGACUAAUUUUUCAGUCCAUGGUGUCACUAUAAGUUCCUGCAAUUGGCGAAUGUAAGUUGUAGUAAAGUUUUGCAGGUACCAGCGUAGAAAUUGUUUAUAUGUGUUUAAAAACAACAAUAAUAAAACUUUAUUAAAUACCUUAAAUAGGUUAGAUUUAUCUGCAACUUAUUUGAAUGCCCAUGCAGUUAAAAUGCUGGGGUAUGUUAAUAUUAUAUUCGCGAUUACAAUUGCAACUGGUACAGCAUGUACGCACAGUCAUAGCCGCUCCAGUAAUGAUGGAGAAAAUGUGAUGAAAUCUCAGACAAGGAAUCAUAUUGAGAAGCCAUCUUAUGAUCUAGAGGAACAUUCAGCGAAUAAUUAUCACGAAUUAAAAAAUAUCAAGGACAAUUAUCAUAAAUUAAAGCAUUCAAAUAAAUAUCAUCAAUUGAAACACACAAAGAACAACUUUCACAGAUCAAAACAUACAAAAGGUAUUCAGCAAAAACGUCUAAAGAAUAACUCGCAUCACACGAAACUCUCAAACAACACAGAUGAAGAAAUGGAAAACGAAGUGAAUGAGACAAAACAUGAAAAGAUAAAUAUUAAAUUUCCAGAUACUUAUCAUGCUACAGGAUUGUUGACGUUACCUUAUGAUGGUAUUAUGGAACCCUUUGAGAUUUGGUACGCUGGGGAAUUAAACAUGAGCAGGAUAGACUAUUAUCAUGGAGUCGAUAAAACCUUUCAGAGAGGAGAUAUGGAAGAAUAUGGAAUAUACAUUAAAGAAAUACCAAUGCAUAAAACAAAAGUUGGUCAUAAUAAAAAUAAUACGAAGUCAUGCUGGUAUGAAUCGGGGGAUGAAUAUGAUGUUGUUAGACCCCAGAGUAUUGUUCCUAUGGAUCUCAGCCAUUUUAAGUUUGUAAAAGAAGAGUAUAGGUCUGGUACUUUAACAAUAAAACUGAAACGUCACGUAAAAACUGGUAAUUUGAAGAAUACGUACACAUUGUGGGUGUCAAAGGAAAAGCCACACCGACCAAUCAGAUACGAGACUGAGGGCUUUGAUUUACUACUUCGAGGAUAUUAUGACCAUUAUUACUUAGAUUAUAUCACUUUCAAUGAUUGGUAUUUUGAUUAUAUGAUCAUGGAGAUUCCGGAAGGUUCUUGGUGUCAUGAAGCAGCAAAACAAGCAAGGUCCAGUAUUUUGUAA